AUGUUCGGCUUCCUCACCAGCCGGUGGCAGUCGGCCGCGCCCCAGGCAAAGACCACGCCGACCUGGUUCGCCCGCUCCGUCUCGCCCGUCCUGCUCUCGGUCGCGAAGAAAGCAUGCACACACCCGAUCCACACCAUCGUCACCAUCGCCUUCAUCGGCAGCUACUCGUACCUGGGCGUGCUCGACAAGGGCCUCCUGGACACCGAGGUUGCGCACACCGGGCGCGUUGACCUGCAGACGCUGCUGGCCGGCAGCAAGCUGCUGCGCGUGGGCGCCGAGACCAACUGGCAGUGGCAGGCCGAGGAGACGGGCGCCGGCGUACAGGCACGAGAGCUGGCCCUCGUCACCCUCGUGUUCCCCGAGUCCAGCAGCAGCAACUCGGCGCCGUCGCAGAGCGCGAUCCCCAGCAACGUCUCCGUCGAGCGUCUGCCCAGCUCCUCGAGCUCCUUCUCCACGCUGUCGCAGGACACGUCGCUCGCCUACUCGAUUCCCUACGCCGAAGCCUCCGACUUCCUCAUGGCCAUGCACGAGAUCAUGGCCCCCGCCGACGUCGCAGACGCCCAGGGCUCGGACAAGGAGGGCACGCGCGAGGAGAAGAAGUGGAUGAUGCGCGCCUCCAAGAACGGCAGUGCUUCAGGCGGCGUGCGCAACUGGUUCAACGACUCGUGGACUUCGUUCGUCGAUCUGCUCAAGAACGCCGAUACGGGCGACAUCAUCAUCAUGGCACUCGGCUACCUCGCAAUGCACCUGACGUUUGUCUCGCUAUUCCUCGCAAUGAGGCGACUGGGGUCCAACUUCUGGCUUGCGACAGCCGUGCUCCUCCAGUCAGCCUUCGCAUUCCUCUUCGCGCUCGCCAUCACAGUCUACCUCGGUGUACCCAUUAACAUGAUCUUGCUGUCCGAGGGCUUGCCCUUCCUGGUCGUCAUCAUUGGAUUCGAGAAGCCCAUUGUUCUGACAAAGGCUGUGCUUUCGGCUGCCAUUGACGCCCGCCGCGCUGCAGAGGACAACCGCGGAGAGCCCGUUACUAUCCAGUCUGCUGUUCAGGUCGCCAUCAAGAGGACCGGAUUUGAGAUUGUCAGGGACUACUUCUUCGAGAUCUUGAUCUUGGUUGCAGGAGCCAUGUCUGGAAUCCAGGGUGGACUGCGACAGUUCUGCUUCCUGGGCGCCUGGAUCCUGUUCUUCGACUCCGUUAUGCUCUUGACCUUCUACACCGCAAUUCUGACCAUCAAGCUCGAGAUCAACCGCAUCAAGCGCCACGUAGCCCUGCGUCGUGCACUGGAGGACGAUGGCAUCGAUGGCAAGGUCGCUGAGAACGUAGCUCGCAGCAGCGAAUGGCCCAGCAACUCUGGCGACGUCCAGCUCCGCUCGAACACCACGACCAUCUUUGGCAAGAAGAUCACUGUCCCGAAGUUCAAGGUCAUUAUGGUUGCUGGUUUCUUCCUCGUCAAUUUCCUCAACCUGGCUACCUACCGUUUUGGCCUCACGCCAACCAGGGGAGCUCACGUAUCGGGCGUUGGCGCCUCGCCUCCUCUGGAUCCCUUCAAGGUUGCUGGAAGCGGAUUGGACUACCUCCUCGAGCAGGCAAAGAGCACCGGGGUCACUACUCUUGUUACAGUGCUGAUGCCAAUCAAGUACGAGCUCGAAUACCCGUCCGUCCACUACGCUGAGCCUGGUGGAAUUGAUUCCGACUCGGCUUUUGGAGCCAACAUCAGCAAUCACAUCGUUGACGGCGUGCUCAAGAGCCUGGAAGAUCCUUUUCUCAGCAAGUGGAUCGUGCUUGCCCUGGUCAUGAGCGUCGUUCUCAACGGCUACCUGUUCAAUGCUGCCCGUUUGACCAUAAAGGAGCCGCACAAGGCACUGGAACCCCCCUCGCCCUCGGAGAUCCAGGAUGGUGCUCCUUCCAGUACCCAGUCUCGCGUCCCUUCAAUGUCUGUACCUACUCCUCCUAGGACACCUGGUCCUGAUGAGCAAGCUGGUCGUGGUGGCAUCAAGCCACUCACAGAGAUCGCCCCUCGUCCCGCUCAGCAGAGGCUUCAGGUUGAUAUCCCCGCCGGCCCUUCCGAUUACCAGCAGAAGCAGCCUAACCGAUCCCUCGAGAUUCUGGAGCAGAUGCUCAAGGAGAAGAACGCGCCCAAGAUGACUGACGAAGAACUGAUUGAGAUGUCGCUCAAGGGCAAGAUUCCUGGUUACGCCCUCGAGAAGACCCUCGGUGACAAGACCCGCGCUGUCAAGAUUCGCCGUGGUCUGGUUUCGCGCACCCACGCAACUCGUGAAACAUCGACCCUCCUCGAACGUUCGCUUCUUCCAUACGAGCACUACAACUAUGAACUCGUCCAUGGUGCGUGCUGUGAGAACGUUAUUGGCUACCUGCCUCUCCCUGUCGGUGUUGCCGGACCCAUCCUUGUCGACGGCCAGAACUACUUCCUUCCUAUGGCUACUACCGAGGGCGUCUUGGUCGCCUCCACAUCUCGCGGUGCCAAGGCCAUCAACGCUGGCGGCGGCGUUGUCACUGUUGUCACUAAUGAUGGUAUGACUCGUGGACCCUGCAUCGGAUUCGACAGUCUGGUUCGUGCCGGUGCUGCAAAGAACUGGCUGGACUCUGAGGAAGGCCAGAAGACUAUGGCCGAUGCUUUCAACUCGACUUCCCGUUUCGCCAGGCUCCGAGCACUCAAGAGUGCCAUCGCUGGUUGCAAUGUCUACGUUCGCUUCAGGGCCACCACCGGUGACGCUAUGGGCAUGAACAUGAUUUCCAAGGGUGUGGAGCAUGCUCUGACUGUCAUGGCUUCCGAGUGCGGCUUUGACGAUAUGCGUGUUGUUACCGUCUCGGGCAACUACUGCACCGACAAGAAGCCUGCCGCGAUCAACUGGAUCGAUGGUCGCGGUAAAGGUGUCGUUGCCGAGGCCAUCAUCCCUGGCGCUAUUGUCAAGUCCGUCUUGAAGUGCGAAGUCGAUGACCUCGUUCAGAUGAACAUCCAGAAGAAUUUGAUCGGUUCCGCCAUGGCUGGAUCCAUCGGUGGCUUCAACGCCCACGCCGCCAACAUAGUCGCCGCUAUGUUCCUGGCGACUGGUCAGGACCCGGCGCAAGUCGUCGAGAGUGCCAACUGCAUCACCAUCAUGAACAACGUAAACGGCAGCCUCCAGAUCUCCGUCUCUAUGCCCUCGAUCGAAGUCGGCACCAUCGGUGGUGGCACAAUCCUCGAGCCGCAAUCCGCAAUGCUCGAUCUCCUCGGCGUGCGCGGAGCCCACCAGGAAACUCCCGGCGACAAUGCGCGCCAGCUUGCCCGCAUCAUCGCCGCCGGUGUUCUCGCAGGUGAACUCUCGCUGAACAGCGCUCUGUGUGCAGGACAUCUUGUCAAGGCGCAUAUGGCUCACAACAGAAGUGCCGUCACAUCAGCAGCACCGUCGCGGGCGCCUACUCCUGCGCCGGCUACACCUGCUGGCAACGGAACGCAGACUCCUGCUACCCACGGAGGACCUAUUCCCAGGCGUUAG